AACGACCAGCAAAAAACCACAUGUAUAUUUCUGGGGUGUUGUACUUAGAAGAGGAGAUUCAGAUUGAGAAUGUCCCUCUUUCCUCUUCAACGGUACACAUCCGUCGGGUCCACUCAUCUUUGUCCUUGAAAGCUUGGGUUAAACCCUCCUCGAACUCUUAAAAACAUUGGCUAGGUAUUGCGAUCGUGUUUCCAUCGGGGGGCUGUUUCUUCGGAAGCUAGACCGGCACUUUCGCGCAGCAGUGCUCGAUUUCUAAUAUCUGCACUCGACAUGGCGGCUCUUCGGCAAGUGAGUAAUGCGACACUGGGUUGUGCUGCUGCACCCCAAGUUGUGAAGGCGGGUGACUCAACGGUGAGAAGGGUGAACAUGGCGUCUUUGGAGUCAGCGAUGGCGGGUCUGCAGUUGAAGGGAAUGAGGACCGGACCCAACGUGGUGGAGAGAGCCAAGAGGACGAGUGUGGUCAGCCAGGCCGUCUCCACCGAGAAGGAGCUGGAGUUGAACAUCGCCGAUGAUGUUACCCAGUUGAUUGGUAAAACGCCUAUGGUAUACCUCAAUACAGUGGUGGAAGGAUGCACCGCCAAUAUUGCGGCCAAGUUGGAGAUAAUGGAGCCCUGUUGCAGUGUUAAGGAUAGGAUUGGUUUUAGCAUGAUUACUGAUGCGGAGAAUAAGGGUGCAAUUACUCCCGGAAAGAGCAUUCUUGUUGAGCCAACCAGUGGGAACACCGGUAUUGGUUUGGCUUUCAUUGCGGCUGCCAAAGGUUACAAGCUUAUCCUUACCAUGCCUGCAUCCAUGAGUUUGGAGCGGCGCAUUCUGUUGAAAGCUUUUGGAGCGGAGCUUGUCCUUACCGACCCAGCUAAGGGAAUGAAAGGCGCUGUCCAAAAAGCAGAAGAAAUUGUGAAGAAAACUCCCAACUCAUACAUGCUCCAACAAUUCGAGAACCCAGCAAAUCCUAAGGUUCAUUUUGAGACUACUGGACCAGAGAUUUGGGAAGAUACAGCCGGAAAAAUUGACAUUCUUGUUGCUGGCAUUGGUACCGGUGGAACUGUAACUGGAGCUGGUCGUUACUUGAAAAGCAAGAAUCCCAACGUUAAGAUUAUUGGAGUUGAGCCAAGCGAAAGUAGUGUCCUUUCAGGGGGGAAGCCAGGACCUCACAAGAUUCAGGGGAUUGGAGCAGGGUUUAUUCCGGGUAUUCUUGAUGUGGAGAUUCUAGAUGAAAUCAUCCAGGUAUCUAGUAACGAUGCUGUGGAGAUGGCUAAGCAGCUUGCCCUGAAGGAAGGUUUGCUGGUUGGAAUUUCCUCAGGAGCUGCUACAGCCGCAGCUGUCGAGGUGGCCAAGAGGCCAGAAAAUGCCGGAAAAUUGAUUGCGGUGAUUCUUCCCAGCUUCGGAGAACGGUAUUUGUCGUCUGUGCUGUUCCAAUCCAUCCGGGAAGAGGCUGAGGCCAUGCAGCCAGAGAUGUAGUCUAAUAUCUCUUGUUUUGGAAUCCUUUCAGUCACCGAGAUGAUAAUUUGGAAACAAAGGUCCUGAAUGUUAUAUGUGAGCAUGUAUCGUUUGUCUCCUAAACCGUGAGUUUUUGGGUGGCCGGUGUAUAAUGCAAUAACUAGAGAAAGCUAUUACUAGUCAUAAUCUCUACAGUAUGCGUAACGCGUUCGAGCUGAAGCAAAUCUUUUUUUACAGUCAGAUAUUCUCUUGUAUUUUGCACCAACACAGCUACCUGAGAUCCAUGAAAUGUGAAAAUAAAGACGCAGGAAAUUUUCAGUGUUC